AUGCGCGCCAAGGAGAUAGAAUGCUUGUAUGGGAACUUGCUCGAUAAGGCAAUGAAGAAGGAGAGCGUUGAGAUUCAUAAGGAAGAAAUAGAACUCAUAGGUAACAUUGUUUGCGGGAUAAAUAUGGGAAGGAGUUUUACAGAGAAGAAUGGUGAGAUAGAGAGUGUCCAUGAUUUGCUUACCAAGUCAAAUGGUUGGAAGAAGAUGACCGUCUCGUCUCGGCAAUGUUUUUCUUCGGACAUCUCAAAAAGCUAG